GCGCGCUCGUCGUCCGGCAGCGACGCGACGCGCGGGAAGCGGCCGCACACGAUCGCCUGCACGUCGUCCGCGUGCGGGGCGGGGAGCGCCACUUCGCCCCAGUGCUCGCUCGAGAGGAACUGCGCGCGCGGCGCGUCGGCCCGCACGGUGCGCGUCGCCAGCAGCGCAAAGCCGCGCGCCGCGACGACGCGCCCAUGCGCGCCGAGGUCGAGCGUCGGGCGCGCGCCGACCGGCUUCGUCGGCCCGAGCGCCUCGGCGAGCGGCGCAAUGACGCUCAGCACGUCGCUCGACGCCUUGUCAAUGUCCUCGAGCACGACCCAGAGGCCCGCGCGCACCGCGCGCGUCAGCGCGCCCUCGACGAACGAAAACGUCCCGGGGCGCUCGCGGCUCGAGACGUACGAGCCGAGCAGCGCCUUGGCGUCGACGCCCGACUGGUCGCCGAGCGGGAUCGACAGGCACGGCGGCAGGCGCGCGAGCGCCUGCAGCAGGUGCGUCUUGCCGCUCGCCGGCGGGCCACGCACCACGAGCGGGAGCCGCAGCGACACGUGCAGAAGCGUGUCGCGCACGGCCGCCUCGGUGCUGUGCGUCGACACGAACGGCGUCGGCGGCGCGCCGCCGACGCCGCGCGCCGCGGGCCACAGGAGCGAGCCAAUGAGCGCGGUGCUCGGCGACAGGUCCGCCGCCGACACGUACAGCGGCGCGGGCGUCGGCGGCAGCGGCGCCGCGCACGCGUGCCACAGGCGGUCGAUGCGCGCCUGCUCGAAGAUGGGCGCCGCGCGCACGUCCAUACUCGUGCCGUCGACAUCGAGCGGCGCGGGCGCGUCGCCGAUCCACGCGUCGCGCAGCGCAGCGUGCGCGGCCGCGGAGAGCUGCGCCUGCACCGCAUAGCACUCGAGCGCGAGCAGGCGCUCGGUCGUCGGGCGCGCGCGGUCGGCAAACACGCAGUACAGCGGCGCGGCGGGCCACCCCAGGUCGUGCGCGAGGAGCGGCGCCGCGCGCAGGAGGCGCAGGCGCGUCCAGAGGUGCGCCACGUCGGUCGGCAGGCCGCGCGCAUAGUGGCGCUGCAGGUGCGCCUCGAUCAGCGGGUACGCCUCCUCAAACACGCCCGCCCACGCGCCCAGCGUAUGCACGGCGCCCGCGUCGUCCAGCAGGCGCGCGAGCAGCUCCAGGAAAAAGGCGCGGAAGGCCACGGCGACGGCCUCCGCCACCGCCGGCGGCGCGCGCAGGAGCGGCGCGGCCGCCGCGAAA